AUUCGUUUUACUUCAAAGUUACAUUAGUAACUAGUUACAGUAGUUGCAAUCUAUAAAAUACGGAUAACUUAUUUUGUAACUUUACAUGCAAUUUCCCAGCUAGAAUUAUCCUUGUAGAUAAUCGUUUUACGAUAUUGUAGUGAUGGGACACACAUGGUCAGAAUAUGUCGCUCCAGAGACGACCCCGUUGCGAGACAAACCAUCGCAGUUUGAACCUCAUUUUGGGUUUUCCACGGAAAGACGAGAGAAAAAAAUGAUCGCUUCACUAGCAGAAAUGGAAUCAGCUAAAGUUCCUUUGGAUGCCAGAGAUUUUUGUGCACACAUGUUAUUGAAUUUAAGAGGUUGUAUCAGAGAGCAUUUCCCAUUCAAUCACCAUUGUCACCACGAGAGAGAAGAAUAUUAUGAAUGCCAGUAUCACGAUUAUUUGGAUCGCAUGAAGGACUAUGAAAGAGAAAAGCGAUUAUUACAAAGAAGACAUCAAUUGAGACAAGGAGGUGCACCAAAUGCAGAAGAAGGCACUAUCAGUGCUUAAAUGAAAAAUAUUGAUGAUAAUGAAGAAAUGUGUGCAAAUAUAUGAACAAUAGGUAUGUUUAGAAUUGUAUCAUAGAUAUUUUGUUCUGAUUAAAUGUURCAU